AGUGUCCACGCCGGCUAAUUUAAGAACUACUAUAUCUUCAGAUUUGCGGAAGAAUGUUCACACUUCGAAUCACAGAUUCAUAACGUGAUUACGCUCGAAUAAAACAGUAACGAUUUAACGCUUUCGUACUCGUAAAAACAUACGAAAAUAUACACUUUUUAUCAUGUGAAAGUUAGGCAGGAAAGUGCGUGAAUUUUUUAUGUUAAAAAGUGCUUGAUUUAGAAGUGAAGAUUUUGUUUGUAAAAUGCCUAUUUUAUACAGUGCAGUGGCAAGUGAUAAUAAUAUUGUAAGUAAAUUCGCCUCGUGCGAUGGUAAUUUUGAUGAAAUCGUUGAACAAGUGAUAUUAAAAAUUCCAACGAAUAUCAAUAAAAUGACUUAUUCUCAUGGACGUUAUUUACUGCACUACAUACUUGAUGUGGACGGAUUUUAUUUUUGUAUCACUGACAAAACGUGCCAAAGAUCCAGAGCAUUUCUAUUCCUCAACGAAAUAAAGAGACAAUAUGAAAAUCAUAAAAGUGACUUCAGACAAACACUGGCGCAAGAAAUGUAUAGAUAUAACGAAGACUAUAGUACCAUAGUGAUACGUAGUGGUGAAUUGGAAGAACUGAAUUCUAUUGGAGUCGAUAGCAGUGAAAGUAUACUUGGUGAGAAAUUAUUAUUUGUGGAAAAUGCUGAUAAUUUAAGAUAUACGACGAUCUCAUGCAUAGAAAGGAAGCCACAGCGAGUAUUAAUAUCGCUCGAUGAAAGAAAUCUUAACUAUAUUAUUAUUGUAUUAGUAAUUGUUGCUGGAUUAGCAACCAUAUUCUUUUUAUCCCCUUCUACUCUUGCGGUUGUGGUCGUCAUACUGUUAUUGUACGCAGUUAAAAGAUAGCAUUGUAAAGAAUGAUUAAAAAUGGUGAUGAAAUAAACGUAUAGUUCCUA